UUAGUCCCUUUAGUCUGUGAAGUACGGGUCAUUAGCCCCCUUUUACAGAAGAGAGAACUGAGGCUUCGAGAGAGAGAAACUUGGUCAGGAGUUUCCUCUCGGUCCCACCACCUCGAUGCCCCGCCGGGGGCGGUGGUUGGGCGCCGGGAGCAGGGGGCGGUGCGCGGGAGGGGCGGGGGCGGGGGCGGGGGCGGGGCGCGGACAAAACGGCCGCGGGCGGCGGGGCGGCGGGGUGGCGGACGCGGCCAUGGAGGGCGAGGGCUGCCGCUACCAAUUUAGGGUUGCGCUGCUGGGGGACGCGGCGGUGGGCAAGACGUCGCUGCUGAGGAGUUACGUGGCGGGCGCGCCUGGCGCCCCGGAGCCCGAGCCCGAGCCUGAGCCCACUGUGGGCGCCGAGUGCUACCGCCGCGCGCUGCAGCUGCGGGCCGGGCCGCGGGUCAAGCUGCAGCUCUGGGACACCGCGGGCCACGAGCGCUUCAGGUGCAUCACCAGGUCCUUUUACCGGAACGUGGUGGGUGUCCUGCUGGUCUUUGAUGUGACAAACAGGAAGUCCUUUGAACACAUCCAAGACUGGCACCAGGAGGUCAUGGCCACUCAGGGCCCAGACAAGGUCAUCUUCCUGCUGAUUGGCCACAAAAGUGACCUGCAGAGCACCCGUUGUGUCUCAGCCCAGGAGGCCGAGGAGCUGGCUGCCUCCCUGGGCAUGGCCUUCGUGGAGACCUCGGUUAAAAACAACUGCAAUGUGGACCUGGCCUUUGACAUUCUUGCUGAUGCUAUCCAGCAGGCCCUGCAGCAGGGGGACAUCAAGCUAGAAGAGGGCUGCGGGGGUGUCCGGCUCAUCCACAAGACCCAAAUCCCCAGGUCCCCCAGCAGGAAGCAGCACCCAGGCCCAUGCCAGUGUUAACUCUAGGAAAGAAAGGGUUAAAGCAGUCCCAGACUCAACUCACCUGGUGGGAUGGGGAGUGUUAGUAUCUCUCUGGAGGACAAAUGACAGAAGGAUUCAUAUAAACGGUAUCCUGACACAGUCAUGCUUCCUGGAUUUUGGAGUCAAGGCUUUCUACAGAAAAGAAGGGUCUGAUGGCCGGGCGCGGUGGCUCACGCCUGUAAUCUUAGCAUUUUCGGAGGCCAAGGAUGGCGGAUCACCUGAGGUCAGGAGUUCAAGACCAGCCUGGCCAAUAUGGUGAAACCCCAUCUCUAUUAAAAAUACAAAAAUUAGCCAGGCGUGGUGGCACAUGCCUGUAAUCCCAGCUACUCAGGAGGCUAAGGCAGGAGAAUUGCUUGAACCCAGGAGGCAGAGAUUGCAGUGAGCCAAGACUGUGCCACCGCACUCCAGCCUGGGUGACAGAGUGAGACUCUGUUUCAAAAAAAAAAGAGAGAGAGACAGGAAAAGAAAGGCCUGAGAGACCAGAUGUGCAACUUCCUAUCCUUGAACCUCAGUGUCCUUAUCUGUCGAUGGGGCUCAUAAAAGAUCCCACCUUGCAAGGAGGUGGUGACCAUGAAUGAGAUAGUGGACAGGAUGUGCUCACCCAGAGCCUGCCAUGCUAUGAAUUGAAUGACAAAAGCUCUCAUUCCCACUCCCUUCUUUCUUGGCUGUGAUGUGGCCACUCUGGCAGCAUUCCUGGGCUCAGACACUGAGAAGCCAGCAUCAGGAAGCUGCUGUAUGGGCUAAGGCAGGUGUGGGGAAUUCCAGGGGGAGCUUGGCUUGGAGGCUCCUUGUGUCCUCAGGCUAAAAUGAUUCUGGGCAUGGGAUUAAUAUGUGACAUCAAAUCCAGGGUUGCCAGCCAAUGCCCCCACCCUAGGCCCAGGGGCUGAAAAUGGAUGUUGGAGGCUAGGAUGAACAUGAAUGUGUAGCAACUAUGUUGGGCACACAGUGGCCACUGUGAUGAGCCACCAAGAUCCCCCUUCCUGGCUGGGGAACCCAUCAACCCUCUCCCCAGUGCUGGAGUGCCACUGGAUGAUGGACUUCAGCUUGCCCCACUCUCUGGGAAAGGCCCUCCCUUCAGGGCAGCCCAUAUCCAAUGUUCAUCUACCGGGGGGCCUUAAAGGCCUUUCCCUCUUGUCCCAGCUCUGGACAACUCUGAAAGUCAAACCUAACUUUGUCAGUCUUUGUAGGCUUCAUUGAGGACAUUGUUGUGACAUCAUAGCCAAGUUAACCCCGUGCCCAAUCCUGCUUCCUUUUCUUCCCCAAAACAGGUAUCCAUCUCAAGAAUAUCCCCUAAUAAACAUCUGCACACUCGUCUCCAUCUCAGAAUCUGCCUCCUGGUAACCUAACCUACAACGGGAACUGCUAGGCAGGGAAUGUCCUGGGAGCAAUUAGGGAAGGCUUCAUGGAAGAGACGCUGUUUAUGUUAGGCCAAAUCUCAGCAGAUGUAGGGCUUAGUGGGUAUCAUUG